AUGGCGGCACCAGCCCAUGUUACAUGCACCAACUUGUCGGGCAGAUUUGUCAUGAACAAAUCUCUCUCAGACCAUGUUGACGAUAUGCUCGCCCUUCAACGUGUCACCUGGGUUGCUCGGAAAGCAGUCGAACUGACUCCUGUCGCGCUCACCGUUGUGGGAUACACGAAAGGUGCCGCUGUGCAGCAUAUCGACAUUACCACUGUCGUUGCAGGGCUUGCCACGACCCAGGAGAACAGGGUGAUGGACUGGCAAGACGAUCAACACCAGGACAAGAUCUUUGGCAAAUGUCGCCACAAAUCGCGACUUUUCAACAUGGCCGACACGUUUGAUAUGGAAGGUCCCGGGUCAGUUGAAGAUGCGGCGUUUCUCAGAGCAGAGACUUUACGGGACGGCAAGAUCGAGUCGAGCUUCUUGAACGACGACGAGCAUCAUGUCCAGACUUGGGCGACGAACGUCGAGGGUAAAGGCUGGCAAGCCGAACAGGUUUGGGGCUUCGAAGCAGUCUCCGGAGUACGGCGGUACAGCAGACGCGUUGUCAUCUGGAAUCGUGGGGAGACGGUGAGGGCGAGGAUCGUGUACGACUAUAAAGGGCCUCACCAAAAGCCCUGA